AUGACCCUACAGCACCGCUUCACACAUUCCUCACCGGUUCUUGCAGAGCUCUCCCGUGACCUCCGAUCACCUCCACAUGUCCCAGCGAGCGUCGUCGAGUCUGUUGAGAACGUCGAUUCCCUUGAAUAUAUCGAUAAGGGCUUGGGCCUACUUGGUCACUUACAACGAGCCCAGGACGAUCAAAUCCGUCAGGCAUUUGAGCAGCAACGUGGAUUUAUUACCGAGAAGUUCAAAAGGGUAGAAUAUGAAAAUGGCCGGCGUGACAGUUUACUCGAUCAGAGAUAUUCCUCCAUUGAUCAAAAAUUCGCCUUGGUCGAUCAGAAAUUCGCAAAAAUAAAGGAGCAGCUUGAAGAAUUUAAAGAAGAAGUCGGGCAGCGCUUCGAAGAAGUCGGGCAGCGCUUCGAAGAAGUCGGGCAGCGCUUCGACCGAAUAGAAACGAGGAUAGAUACCUUUCAAUCAGAGGUCGGGCAGCGCUUCGAAGAGAUGGAUGCUAGAAUGUUCAACUCACUGUCCUACCGAGCACAUCAUGAGGUCCAUCCUGUAGCCCUCCUCGAACAGGGACAAGGCCUUCAGCGACCUGAUCAAAAAUAUUUUCCAAGGACAGUCAAACAGUUCUGGAAAUUACAAUCAAGUCAGAAUGCUUUUCGUCGCUUCUACCUACUACAGUUCUACCAUAUCGAAGGCUAUAAGCAGUGGAAGGAAGACGACGAUGAGGAGGUCGAUUCUGAUUCCGGCAAUUCGUCUACAGGUGACUUGACCCUUGAGCAGGCGGUUCGCGACUAUCCAUUAAGAUGCCUUGAAGCGUUAGCUGCCCGCCUUGGUCUCAACUAUGACAAGAUAUCUGAGCAAAUGCAACGGCAAAGCCGGCAGAUAGAUCCAGCUCAACCGACCAAGCGCGGGCAAACAGAUAUCUCCGCUGAGCAGGAAAUUCGUCAGCCGUCAAAAAAGGUAUACGUCAAAGCUCAAUCGAUGGCUUCAGAACAGUCCAAGGGAUCCGAAGCAGAACAACGAGAACAAGAUUCGCAGGGUUCCACGGACAUCGUCCCAGAAUCUGUUGACCUCCCACACCGUCCCCGGCAACGAAACCCCAACGAUAAGAAUCCAACCAAAAGCCGCAGAGUGCGGCCAGAAGAGCGAUCGCAAGGCUCGACAGAGACGAUAAGUUCAAGUGAGUAUAAGAAAAAGAUUGGGCACUUUCUCUAG